ACUCAUUCCCCCUCAUCUCCAAAAACUUCAAAAACAGCAAAAACAGUGCACGUUCCUUGACUCAAAUAAACCAGAGAUAAAUCCCUGAAAUAAACAAUAAACUUUUGAAUGGAUUUUGCUCGUAAAAUAUUAAAUAAAUAUGGAUGGAAAGACGGAGAAGGUCUUGGAAAGAAUAACAAUGGCAUUGUCAAACCCCUGAAAGCUAGUAUGAAAUUCGACAAUGCUGGACUUGGUUCUGAUCAAGCAGCCAGUGAUUUCAAUAACCAUUGGUGGGAGCGCGUUUUCAACGAGGCCGCCAAAAAUGUUGAUGUGACAACGACUAAAAAUGGAGUAAGUGUGGAUCUAAAAAAUAAAGACGAAAGUGUAGAAAUAUCUACAAAAGAAUACUCUGUGAAAAAACUUAAAAAAGCCAAGGAUCAAAGUAGCAAAGCUGACAAGCGAUAUGAUAAUUUUCUACAAUCAGCCACGCUUACAAAGUCGGGCGAUGAAAUUGAAAACCCCAACAAAAUAGCUGUAGCCGAUAUAUCAGUUAAAAAAUACAAAACUUUAACAGACGAAGAGUUAUUUCGUGCAUGCGGCGGAAGAACUGCUCAUAAAGGAGCGCGGCAUGGGCUAAAAUUAAGUGGUAAGCUAGCUCGUAUAGAACAGCAGGAACAAGAACUUUUGGCAAAAAUUGAAGAUCAGAAAAAGAAAUCCGCGAAAAAUAAUAGCAAACAAUGUUUGGAACAGAAACUUGAUGUAGAUGCCGAUGACAUCGUGGACAAAAAACAGAAGAAAAUCAAAAAUAAAAGUUAUGCGGGACAUAGCGAGCCAACCGAUUUAAAUGUAUCUGAAGAAAUAAAUUCUAUAACUAAAGUAAAGAAAAAUAAACGGAAAGAUAAUCCUGAACAAAAAGAAAAGAAAAGCGAACUAGCUACUGCCGAUGUUGCUCCAGAAGAUCCUGCGGAAGUAAGUGAAACUACGGUUAACUCUAUCGAUUAUGUAACUAAACUAAAGAAAAAUAAACGGAAAGAUAACCCUGAACGAAAGGCAAAGAAAAGCGGACUAGCUACUGCCGAUGUUGCUCCAGAGGAUCCUGCGGAAGUUAUUGAAACUACGGUCAAUUCUGUAAGUAAAGUAAAGAAAAAUAAACGGAAAGAUAACCCUGAACGAACAGCAAAGAAGAAAAGCGAACUAGCUACUGCCGAUGUUGCUCCAGAAGAGCCCGCGGAUGUAAAUGAAACUACGAUUCAUAAUUCUAUUGAUGAAAGGCCAAUAUCAGAAAAUAACGAAAAUUCGGCAAAAAAAAAUAAAAAGCGGAAAGCAGAUCAUAUGAAUAGCGAGCUUUCUGAUAAAACUAUAGAAACGGUAUCGAAUGAAACUGCGAGUAAAAUUAAGAAGAAAAAAAAGAAAUAUCUUUAAGCAAAAUGAUAAAUUAAAAAAGAACAAAUGUAAAUAUAUGUACAUACAUAUAUAUUUAUAUUUUAAUUUUUAUAUCUAUAUUUUAAUAUAAUAAGCCUAGACUAUGGAUAUUAAAAAUA